UUCCGGUUCAAACAACUGGAUAUACUCGAAGACGCGGGCUAUUUUGACUUACUUGCAGAGCAGCUGUUAGUAGUUAGUUGUUUAUUAUUCCAAACGCUUUAUUUUCUGUUUUUGACGUUAGUCUCCUACCAGAUAUGGACUGUAUGGAUUUUCCGAAAGUUUUCCCUAAUUCUCCGAGGAAAACGCAAGGGCAAAUCCAGAUCAUCUUUGGACCGAUGUUUUCAGGCAAAAGCACCGAAUUAAUGCGAAGGGUGCGUCGUUUCCAAAUAGCCCAGUACUGCUGCUUGGUGGUGAAAUAUGCCAAAGACACACGCUACUCUGACACAGGCAUGGCCACACAUGACAAAAACACAAUGGAGGCUGUUGCUGCAAAUUGUCUCAGAGACGUGCGCUCAGCGGCAUUACAAGCGAGUGUCAUUGGAAUAGAUGAAGGACAGUUUUUUCCAGAUACAGUGGAGUUUUGUGAGGAGAUGGCCAAUUUGGGCAAGAUUGUCAUUGUUGCUGCCUUGGACGGAACCUUCCAGAGAAAGCCGUUCGGAAACAUCCUCAACCUCGUCCCGCUGGCGGAAAGUGUGGUGAAGCUCCACGCCGUCUGCAUGCAAUGUUACAAAGAAGCUGCCUACACAAAAAGGAUUGGAGCGGAGAAGGAGGUGGAAGUGAUUGGUGGAGCUGACAAAUAUCAGGCAGCUUGUAGGAAGUGCUAUGGAGAUUUGAUAUCAGCCAAAGAAAACCAAGGACCCUUCCUUAGGGAUGAAACUCCCCAACAAGUACUCAAUGGGAAACGCACUGAGUCUGCAAUUCCAAGGAAGCUGUUUUCAUCCCUUCAUCUCUGAACAUGCACACAUGCUUGCUAAAGGAGAACACAAACGGGAGUAGGAUGAAAUUAUUAAUCAUAUAUUAGGGUUUGGAUCGGACAAUAUUUUUCUGAUCCCAAAACUGCUUAGUGUAAUUGUCUCAACAACCCUAUCAAUCCCUUGUGUGUGUGUGUGUGUGUGUGUGUGUGUGUGUCUUAUUUAAGUGUUGCUCAGCUUUGGUUACCGUCAAAUUUUCUAAAGACGCCUUUUUCUAAACAGUGGUUUAACUGACAGUACUUGAUUAUACUACGUGUAUUAUAAGAAACAUGCAUAGCAUCACUUUUACAAUAUACUAGGUGUAGUAUGAGAAGCAUUUACAUUUGCAGAGAAGUAUUUAAGUGCAUGGGUGAUUGUUUUUUUUCUUGUUUAUGAAUUGUAUGAAAUGCAACAUUAAAAAAUCCUGCUGCAGAGUGCCGAGAAGUGAGAACGUGGAAAUUAGUAAAUUGCUGUCGUAAGCAUAACAUUCAGUUUGAUUGAUAAUGCUAAAAGGGGAAGAUAUCUUAACAUUUUCAGUUAAACCCUACAGUUGAAAAAGUUACUUUAGUAUUUUGAACAGCAAUAAUAUGAAAUGUUUUAUGUUUUGCUUGAAAGGGAAAAUAUGCUGUAAUUUAUUAUGUAAACAAAUUUGAUAUUAGUAUCACCAGCCCUUAUUAACACUGAUGAUUGUGUCGUAUCAUUAUUGUGUAUAGUUAGCAUUAAAGGAAAAAUGUGAGGACUAUAGAUGAAUAAACUGAUUUUCAAAAGAUAAGUUUUAAUUGACGCUGCUGUAAAUGUGGUGUAGGAAGCCAGACCACACUUUGGCAGGAGAGACAUAAGAGUGCACACUUGAGCUAAAAUUGGGAUUUUGUUGCUACUGUAUGGAUGCAAUCAGUGUACGGUAUGUCUUUUUUUAAUAAAUGUAAAUGAAAAAUA